AUGAACACAAUCUUCGCUGUUUUGUUCGCUGUCAUUUUUGCAAUUAUAUUCUCAUCAUCACAGGUAACACUAAAAUACUUCGAAAUACUUUGAAGAUGCCCCGUUUUUUUUAAAGGUUUCCGCUCAAGACAACCGUCCGAUUUUCAUGAAUCGACGAGAAGAUUCAUUUGGUGAUAUUUUGACUGAAUUGAAAGGAAAAGGACUUGGAGGACGAAUGAGGUUUGUAUUUAUGAUAGUUAUCAAUAUCUUAUUUCUACAUUUUCUAGAUUCGGAAAACGAUCAGGUAAUGGAGGAGAAUUCGGAGCAUAUCGAUCAAUCUACGAACCACCACACAUGGAAUUCAUUCCACUUCAAUAG